GAGUGUGGAUCCACUUUGGGAAAGUCGGGACACACUGUCGGUGUUGUAAGUUUGCAGGGGAUACCACCGGGAAGCUGUGAGCUCAUUUUAUCUCCCGAGUCUGGAACGAAUCUGAAACGGGGGGCAACGGGUCAAACGUGAGCAGUGGGUUGUAGUUGGGACCACAGAAACGUCUCCGUGCCAAAAGAAACCAGUGAGAGGGAGAGAAGCGCGUGAGGAAAGGGAGCGGAAGAGAACAGGGGCUGUAAAUCUUCACCGCGGUGUUUUGGCGCGUGCGCUUAGGUUCGAUACAAAGUAUCAGAAACGUGACGUUUAACGGAGGUGAAUGUAAACACGAGCUCCUCUGUUUUUUGUUCCCGCUGGACAUGUUUCCGCUCCUUGUGAGCGACGUGUGGGCUGUGGACUGAGCUACUGUUCUCUGCCUGCUCUCUCUGUCUUCACUUCUCUGCGUAAUUUUAUUUUUGUGCUAUAAAAAUACUGAAAGUUGGCGUUUUUUCCCCCCCUGCACGCCUAGUUGUGACGAAACGUAAAAUGCAAAUGCGGUAAGUGACACCGGGCUUUGUUCAGUAUUAAACGACACUUCACACUGCACACAUUCUCUGCUGUUUGGAUUGUCUGACGUACCGCUACCUCCAGCUGUUCGCUUUUUGUUUGGGAACUGGAUUUUCUGAAAUAAACUUUUUUUUUUUGGCUUUGAGAAUGAAGAGAAGAAAAUUCUCCUGAAUGUUUUUUGUCUCUUUAGCCUUCAUGUUGGGACCACAGGAGAGCCGACAUGCAGUGAUACAAGCUCAGCGUCUUACUGCUGUUAACCUAAAGUUGUGACAUCACAUCAUUACAGAAGUCACAGUGAAUGAUCAAGAAACCCAGAGCGCAAAGGAAGCCGACCAGAGUGCCUGCUCGUGCGCCGAGAAACGCAGCUCUCCGCCGGCUGUGAAGCAGUUCCAGGACUCGGUCAGUUUUGCCAGGAGGGUCUCCGGAGCAGAGAUGGAGGAGUGGAGACAAUGCGGGCGGUGGUUGAUAGACUGCAAGGUCUUGCCCCCGAACCACCGGGUCGUGUGGCCCUCGGCGGUCGUGUUCGACUUGGCACAGGCGCUGCGGGACGGGGUGCUCCUGUGCCAGAUGUUGCAUAACCUCUCCCCCGGAUCGGUUGAUCUGAAGGAGAUCAAUUUCAGGCCCCAGAUGUCACAGUUCCUGUGCCUGAAGAAUAUCCGGACAUUCCUAAAAGUGUGCCACGACAAGUUCGGCUUGAGGAACAGUGAACUUUUUGACCCGUUUGAUCUUUUUGACGUCAGAGACUUCGGCAAGGUAAUCUCUGCCCUGUCGAGGAUCUCCCACCACAGCAUUGCACAAAUCAAAGGCAUCAGGCCCUUCCCGUCCGAGGACACGGCUCUGAAUGAGGAUGAUGUGUACCGGAGCCUGGAGGAGUUGGCAGAUGAACAUGACCUGGGUGAGGAUGACAUCUACGACUGCGUGCCAUGUGAGGACGACGGCGACGACAUUUAUGAGGACAUCAUUAAGGUGGAAGUACGACAACCCAUGAUCAGAUACAUGCAGAAAAUGGGUAUGACAGAAGAUGACAAGAGGAACUGCUGCUUAGUUGAGAUCCAAGAGACUGAAGCUAAGUACUACAAGACUUUAGAGGACAUUGAGAAGAAUUACAUGAUCCCGUUGAAGCACGUCUUGAGUUUGCAAGAAAUGGAGGCUAUUUUUGUCAACCUGGAGGAUAUAAUCCGGGUCCACUUUGCCCUUCUGCGAGCCAUCGAUCUGAACAUGGUCAGCGGAGGAAGCGGUCUUGGAAAGAUCUUCCUCGACUUCAAAGAAAGGUUGCUGAUCUACGGUCAGUACUGCAGCCACAUGGAGAACGCCCAGAAGACACUGGAUGAGCUAAUAGCAACACGGGAGGACGUGAAAAUUAAAGUGGAGGAAUGCACCAUGAAGGUGCAGGAGGGCAAGUUCAAGCUGCAGGAUCUCUUGGUGGUUCCCAUGCAGAGGGUGCUGAAGUAUCACCUACUACUGAAGGAACUUUUGAGUCACUCGACUGACCGACCUGAGAGGCAACAACUUAAAGAGGCACUGGCUGCUAUGGAGGACUUGGCCAUGUACAUCAACGAAGUCAAGAGAGACAACGAGACCCUGAAAAAAAUCUGUGAAUUCCAAAGCUCAAUAGAAAAUCUUCAGCAGGUGAAACUGGAGGAGUACGGCAGGCCAAAGAUAGACGGAGAGCUGAAGGUGUCCUCCAUCGUCAACAGAACAAAACAAGACCGCUACAUUUUCCUUUUUGACAAAGUGGUGAUUGUUUGCAAGAGAAAAGGCUACAGCUACGAGCUGAAAGAGAUUAUUGAACUCCAGUUGUACAAAAUGUCAGACGACCCCAUGAACAACAGAGACAUGAAAAAGUCAAGUGGAAAAAUGUGGUCUUAUGGUUUCUACCUGAUCCACCUGCAAGGGAAGCAGGGCUUCCAGUUCUUUUGUAAAACGGAAGAAAACAAGAGGAAGUGGAUGGAGCAGUUUGAGAUGGCCAUGUCCAACAUCAAGCCUGAGAGAGCAACCGCCAACCAGCACAACUUCCAAAUGCACACCUUUGAUAAGAACACCAACUGCAGAGCCUGCAAGAUGCUCCUAAGGGGCAUCUUCUAUCAGGGCUACUACUGCUCUCGCUGUGGAACAGGAGCUCACAAAGAGUGUCUGGAAGUGAUCACCAUUUGUAAAAUCAAUCCUCACGACAUGGAGCCUGGAAUGUCACCAGGUCCAAAGAUGGUGGCUGUGAGGAACUACCACGGCACACCGACACCUCCAGGGAAGACGCCUCUCUGUUUCCAAACAGGAGACUUCAUUGAGCUGCUAAAGGGGGAUCCAGACACCCCGUGGUGGGAGGGGAAGCUGAUACAAACACAAAAGAGUGGUUUCUUUCCCAGUUCAUGUGUAAAACCUUACUUAGACCCGAAGCCUUUCCAGUCAUUAUCCAGCCGGCAGUCGUCAAGAGAAUCAGACUACUAUGGAUAUCCUUGGUUUGCGGGGAACAUGGAGCGCCAGCAGGCGGACAACCUCCUGAAGUCCCACUGCAGCGGGACGUACCUGAUCAGGGAACGGACGGCCGAGGCAGAGCGCUUCGCCAUCAGCAUCAAAUUCAACGAUGAAGUAAAACACAUCAAGGUUAUUGAAAAAGACAACUGGAUCCACAUCACUGAAGCAAAGAAGUUUGAGAGUCUUCUGGAGCUGGUGGAGUACUAUCAGUCGCAUUCACUGAAGGAAAGCUUCAAGCUGCUAGACACCACGCUGAGGUAUCCCUACAAGUCCAGAGAACGCUCGCUAACUCGGGCUAGCACACGCUCACCAGCAACCUGCGCCUCCUACAAUUUCUCCUUCCUCAGUCCACAAGGCCUGAACUUCUCCUCCUCUCAGAGCUCUGCUCCCUUCUGGUCAGUGUUUACUCCUCGGGUGGUGAGCACGGCAGUAGCCAGAUAUAACUUUGCAGCACGAGACAUGAGGGAGCUGUCCUUGCGGGAAGGAGACGUCGUCAAAAUAUACAGCAAGAUUGGCGGAGACCAGGGCUGGUGGAAAGGAGAGGCCAACGGACGGAUCGGAUGGUUUCCCUCCACCUACGUGGAUGAAGAGGGAGCGCAGUAAAGCUUCACUCGCCCUCCGGCGAAGCCAGUUUCCUUUUGUAUCGGGAACCAACUUCUACCUGCUGUCCUCAGAGGAAAUGACUCACUCUCUCCAGGAAAAAAAAGAGCAACAUGCCUUUUGCUGGAAACUACUUUUUCUGCAAGAAUUUUUACUCUGGUUCUUAAUUUCCCCGCUCCCCGCCCUCUAUUAUGCAUCAGCUUUUGUUUUUUUGCAAGGUGUCCUGUUUAAGUUCUUUACACGGAAGGAAAAAACUGCGUUGCUGUGUGUCCGCCUCCGUGUGCUCAGCAGAGAAUUUGCUAUAACGAGGACGCAGCAGGAACUUAUUGUCGAUAGCUUUAUUUUGCAAAAAGAAAAACGCUCCCCGUUGUUGCAGGUCUGUGCCAGGUGAAUUAAUUGUACAGUAUAGAUAAUUUAUUGAAUAGAGAUUAUUAUCAGUACUAAUGAUUAUUGUGGGGACGGCUAGUUUGAGCAGGGAGUCGGAUCAGACGAACUAAAAUAAGGAGAGAAAAAAAAAGUGAAGCGGUGUUUUUAUGUCGAGAGAUUUUUUUGCCUUAGUUGUCAUGGUGAUGCCUUGUGGGCUGACACCAGUGGAUGGAAUCGACUUUGUGGACUGGUUUUUACUUCUCCGUGUAUGCAUGUGCCCACAUACACACACCCACACACGCACACCCAUGUACACACACAGUAAAUACAAAUGUACAGUACGGUGCCUUGAGAAAAAAAACGGCGGCGCAUCAGUCGGCGAAGUGAAGAGGCUCCCGGUUCGUCCACAAGCACAGGACUUUACUGGAGGAGCUGCGCGGCGCAGAUCCAACUUUAAACAUCAACUCCAGACUGGAUGGACUCACACAAGCAGCUUGUUUGCUUGGGGAUUUUAGCCAAUCACAUGCACCGUUCACAUCUGUGGACGUGUAUCAGUCCUGUGGGAUGCAAAAAGGGAAAGACGUUCAAACCUAAUGUCAGGCUUUUUAAAUCUGUACGCAUCGUUCAUUUGUCGUUUCCUGCACAGAAUCACAAGUUGUUAUUGAACUCCAGAGGCGAAGCAGCAGCCAAAUCCAGCCGUGUUUUGAGUUUUCUACCUUGCCUUAAUUGUUUGUUUUAUUUUAAUUAUUUGUCUCACACGGUUCAUUAACCUCACUCCGAUCAACAUGUUUAUGUGGCGAAUUCAUUUUCGGGGCUCUCCAGUUCGCCUGAGAGGAAAAACUGGGACAGUUGAUGUGCUUCAUGUUUUAUUUUGGACCCAGUCGAUCCUGGUGCUAAAAUCACGUCACAAUCAAUUAGUGUUGCUUUUCUCUGUAUUUCUCUUCGAACCGUCAAUUUUCAAUCAAUUUUUUAUUGCACCUUUAUUUGAACCAAUUCUUUAGAGUUUCCGCGAUUAUUUUUGCCGACCUCUACAGUGAAAGCCAUACUUUUUGCUGCAAAAAUCUAUAGAAACGCCUCAGUUUCUGCGAUUUCUGAGGAUUGAAAUGCAAACAGGAAGCACACUGUGGCACUCUGGAAACGUUUGAGCGUUGGUGCAAAAAUACAAACAGGGCUGCUGUGUUUGGAGAAAACCAGGAAGAGUUGAUGGAGGCGGCUGAUAGUCAGGGCUGUAGUCGUUUUUUUUGUUUUGUUUUUUUACAAGGUGGACAAAACCCAUUGCAUGUGACUGUUGAUAUGUCGAGUCCUGUCAGUUCAUCCCAGAAAAAUGAAACACCUGAUCGUAUAAAUGUUUUUUGAAUGGUUGAGUAUUUCCAAAUGAGGUCUAUUAUGAAAUAAAUAUCUCUUUUGAUUUAA